GGUUGUGUAAACUACAUGACGGUACAGAGCAGGGUAGACCUCGCCGUCUCACUCGGAGACGCAGACUACAUCCUGCGGAACCUGAAACACGACGACAUGCUGUUUGUGAGCAGAGCGCUGAAGGCCCGGUGGCUGCUAGACCGCCAUGACGUCAUCAACCCUCAAUAUUUGGAAGACACUCUCUUCCCUGAAAUGGUUUCCCCGGCAGUCUCCAAGAUGAGGCACUGGCUGUACAUCAACCUGCGGGAACCCGCCAAGUGCCAGGAGUUCUAUGAGUACUACAAACAGAACUCGUUCGAGUUCGCCAUAAAGUUCCUCAGCCGCUGCAGCAAUCGCUUCAUACUGGAAGAAGUCCCCAAGAUAUUGGCCAAACUGUCGCCUCACUAUUUAAAAGUUUUGUGCGAGAAAUGCUCUACAGUCGCCAAAACAUAUUUUGAUUCGUUGGCGACACAAGACGAUGUUAAGAAAUGCUAUCUCGAUCAAGAACACUGCCCUGAUAACCAAAAAUGCAGUAAUCGACAUUUUUGAGAUUUUUACUUUUUGCAAGAAAUGGGAUCCCAAGGAGUUUAUUAACCUGUAAAAAAACAUAUUUCAUAUAAAAAGUUCCCGGAAGUAUGUUUUUUAGCAUACGAUUUUCGCAGUACUUACAUGAAAACUAUAUCAAUGAUAAGAAAAAGCGCAGUAUUUAACAUAUGCUAAAGAAGAAUGCAGUAUUUGUUGGAAUGCCCUAAAAUAAAGUGCAGUAAUAGCCAUUACUGUAACAUUUUAAUUUAAUAUCUAUAGACCAGCUGCUAAGCCAAAACGCAGUACUCCACAUUACUGCGUUUGUGCGUAGUAAAAGAUCGCGAGAUGGUAACCGUACGAUACAGUGCCGCGUUUUGUUGAAGCAAAUCAGUGCGUCGUCAUCGUUCGGCGAAGUGAGACGUGCGGCACGCGGUGCGCUGUUGUUUUUUAAUGGAACGAAAUUUUGAACAUUGUCUUCAUAAUGUCUGUCAAAAAUUCCCGCGGAAGAAACAUGUUAAAAACGCUUACAAUUAAGCAGGUAAUAUAGAAAAUAUUGUUACUACUUAGAGAUUAAUCUAAUAUGUUCCUACUAUUAAAUAAUAUAUGAGUCAGUCUAACUGAUGUUAAUAUGAAUGUUGUCUUAAUAAAGAUUAAUUUUCUUCUACAAAUUGUUUAAUUUUAAUAUC